UGUCAAGUUACAAUUACAUCAAAAAGUGAAUAAUCAAAAACUCAAUAAGGUUUAUAUUUAGUAUGGCAACACCUGAAGUAGAUAUGUCUGACAUUGGAGACAUACAAAAGGAAAGAAAAUCUGCAGAAGACAAUUUUGAAGAUCCUGGCAAGCAUCAUUCAUCUAGUAAAGAUAAAGAAGAAGAAGAACUAUUACAUACACUUAAUAAUCAUUUUAACGAUCCAUACACACGAAUGUGUAAGGGUCGUGGACUUGGCAGGGUACCAGAAAAACUUAUCCUCCUGCUGUUUGUAUGGGUUUUAUGCACAUAUCAGUUAGUACUAUUUGGAAAUGAUCGGGCACAGUUUGCUGACUUUUUGGAACGAAAUAAUAUAGCAAUGAAACAUUUAUUGUUGAAAGACUGGUCCCAGGAUUAUGAAACUAUGCCAUAUCCGCCAUCGACUGGUAUCUAUGCCAUUUACACCAUAGAUAACCUGUUAAAGCAUAUCAAUCAUACUGUUACAAACGUUUACAAUAUCCCAACAACAUCUGUCGGGUCUUUCUUCAUCAGACGGAUAAACGGAACAGGUGGACGCGAGAAGCCAGUUACACUGUGUCUUUAUUAUUACGAGACAGGAAUAUAUAAUGAAGACGAAGAAAAAAUUGUAGCAAUAGAUACAACCCAUAAGACAGUCUGUAGUAACAUUGAUGAACAAAGCCCGCCUGAUUAUGGCUUCCAACCAAGCAUAUCAGACCUGAUGAGAAGUACUGAUGGAAAAUUAGUGAGGUUACUGUCAGUUAGCAUUGAUUUCAAAUUAAGUUCAGUCCAUUUGAAUGCUGAAACUAAAAAGGCUAUACAGUGUUACGGUAUUCACGGCACUGUUUUCUUUGAUAAUCGACAAAUAAACGGACAAAUAAUAGUUAAACUUAAAACAAGUGUAGAAGAAGUAAAAUGCAGUGCAGAUAGUACGGUUGAUGCAAAAGUUGAGGAAAUUGUGAUUUCAGCACUUGUUUUAUUGUUCUGUGGUCUACACGGACUGUUCUGUUUGUACAGUUGCAUAUCUUCUAUCCUUCUGUGCAAGAGAACAAAAGCCCUUUACAAGAAGAAGGAAAAAGGAAAGAUACUAUCUAAUAGAGCGUGUUGGGAAAUCUUCAAGCUGAAUGAUUUGAUAUUAUGUUUUUCGAAUAUCAUAACAAUAGUGGGAUCAGUCAUGAAAUUAAGUAUUGACCAUGGGAUACAAACAAACUAUAUCAUAUCAAUGUACGAUACAACUGGUAUUCUCCUUGGAUUUGGAUGUUUGUUUACAUGGAUGAGUGUUUUGCAUUAUUUAGCGUAUGAUCACGUUUUUGGCCUUUUAUUUUCUGUGAUGGAGAGAUCAGCAUUUAUUGUUUUAAAGUUCCUGGCCUGCAUUUCAAUAUUGUUUACUGGGUUUGUGUUAUUUGCAUGGGUUGUCAUUGGACCCUAUCAUAUAAAGUUUGCUUCCUGGAUAUCCACCUUCCAGUCUUUGUUGGCUAUUAUGCACGGAGACGAAGUUUAUGUGACUUUUACUGCCAUUGAUUCUGAGAAAGAGAUUAUUUCGUAUAUCAAUGUCAUUUUUCUGGUGAUAUUUUUGGCUUUAUUUACUUUAGUCACUUUAAACAUAUUUAUAGCAAUAUUCAACACAGCAUAUGAACGUCAACAUGACAAUACAUAUAAAAAAGACCACAGAAGUGACCUUCUGAAAUUUAUAGGAAGAAUGGAAACCAAAGCGUUUGACACCGCUGCAUGUGUGUCAUGUGUUAAACAUUGUUGCCCAUCGAUGUUGGGAUGUAUGUCGGUUUGUGAUGAGACAAAUACAAUAAAACAUAUUACCAAUCAAAUGCAAGACUCUAUGUUGCAGUAAUUGUCUUGACGAUGUAAUUUGAUGUCAAGAUCAAGGAAGUUAAUUUGCAAUAAACCAUUUCAUCAAUGUUUUCAUAUUUGUAUUUUUAAAAGUGUUGAAUAAUGUCCAUGUUGUAUAUAAAAUAGUAUGUUUCAGUAUGUAGCUGCAUACAUCAAAAGAAGUGAGAUUAAAAAAUGCAGUCUAUAUUUCUAUAAAUCUGAAAAAAUGUUCUAUUAUCACACAAACAUUUUGUUGAUUAUUCAAUCAAAUGUUUUAUAUAAAUAAUGAUAAGAGAUCGAUAC